UAUGAGUCGACGACGCAGCAUUAUGAUGACAGUUAGCAACUUUUCAGUGACAUUUUAUUUUCUGACAAGUCUUCGGUGCAUUAUGAGGUGCUUUUGUGCCGUUACUAAAUAUUACCAUGUGAAGGCACUGAAGUGAUCCUUGCUGUGAUGCCGCCAGCCAUGGUUCUUAUCAAUGAUCCAAAAAUUGCUUUUGCUUUUCUGCGCCCAGUCUGCGUCUUGCUAACCCGUGAACCCACUGUGAUCAAUGUGGAAACGCUGGCUUUUCAGCUUAAAGAAGUCAACGAUGCAACUCUGCAGCAGCUACAAGACUACAUCCUCUUCCCACUUAGAUUUGUUCUUAAAGUGCCUGGACCAAACAAGGACAAUUUGGUUCAGGCUGCGACCAAGACCAUGAGCCAUGUUUUGGAGAACACAUGCGUUCAGAACUGGGAGACACUGCGUGACCUUCUGUCAGAGCUCUCUCUCUGCCUGUGCUCACCAGCUGAUCCCGGGAAACCUGCAGAUACGUCUGAGGAGCUUAAGUCAGCCGUGUUAAGGUGUCUGGAUGCCCUGCUUCAUGCUGCUUACGGAGAUAUAUUUUUCAAACUCUUUGAGCCGAUGAUGCUGCCUGGAGUGGGAGCUGCGGUAUCUUUGCUUCUGGCUUUAGCAGAGAAGGAGAAAUCACGAGAUAUACAGACAGCGGCUUUGAAAUGCCUCCAGGCUUUGACUCUGCAGUGUGACUGCAUUCAGGAGCACAUAGUUCCAACCUCAGAGGAGCGAUGCACUAUAGGCUGCGCCAUGGCUUCAUUUUUACCUGGGAUCACAAUGUCUGUUGCCAGGAUCAUCACAGGAGAUUUGAGGCAAGGCCAUGCAGUCAUAGUCCGGGCCAUCAAGGUAUGGUCCAAGACAGUGGGGCUUGUAAUGGAAGACGCUCAGCUUCAGACCAGUGAGCCGCAGCAGUCUCCAUCUCCACACCUGGGGAGAAUCGGACAGUUGCUGGUUCAGCGGACACAGAACUGGGUGAAGAGCACGUCGAGGAAGCUGUCUGUGCUGUUGAAAAAAAUCAUUUCAUGCACCUCGGCCCACCAACACUGGAGGGUUCGGCUGGAGAUGGUGGAGCUGGCUGACCAUCUGCUGGCCAGGUGUAGCCAGUCACUGGGGGAAUGUGUAGGACAACUGCUGGAAUCACUGGUAGGAGCAGUCAGUGAUGAGGAGCCCAGAGUCAGAGACAGGUGUGAGGUCGCUCUGAGAGAAAUAUCACAGAGGAAUCAGAGUCGUGGCAACAGCACUGAUAAUGCUGGAAGAAGUAGCAGUGGUACACAGACCUUCACUGAUGUCUUGUCAGAAAAUCUCCACUCUGUGGCCACCUCCCUGCCCAGACUAAUGAGGACCUCUGAUGACCAGAAGAAGUUGUUUGUCCUCAAUGUCUUUCUGGGUUAUUUGAAAAUCUUGGGUCCAUUGGUGCAUGUGGUAUUGAACUCAGCUGUGCAUCUAGAGCGGAUUUCCAAAGCCUUGAUGCAGGUGCUUGAAUUGGAUGUGAUGGAUGUUCGCAUUGUAGAGGAAAGGCGUUAUCCUGCCACCGUUGAUAUGAACAUGGGUUCUGGUGCUCUUGAUUCCUCUGCUGCACCUGUACAGAGGAAGCACUUCCUGUACUUCACAGAUGAGAAGAUCUUCUCUGUGCUCGUGGAGAUCUGUCGGACAUUAGGUUACUACGGGAACAUAUACCUCCUGACAGACCACUUCCUGGAUCUUUACCGUCAGUCUUCAGUUUACAGAAAACAAGCUGCUAUGGUGCUGAAUGAGAUUAUCAGGGGUGCUGGGAGUAUUUCCGUGACAACAGAAGGUCAGAGUUUGAAUGGAGAACAUUGGAGCCGCUUGGCUCCGCCCACCAAAGAUGACCUUAAGGCUGCAGUCGUGUCUGUCAUGGAAGAAUAUACAAGUCUGAACAACUGGCACUUAAUGACUGUCAGUGAGGAGAGUGACAGAGAUCAACAGGACCAACAGCUGCUCAGCUCAUCCACGCUUCUGUCCAUAUCCAGCAGUGAAGUCAGCAGCACAAACGCCAACUCUCUCCAAGUGAUUCCUUCAUCAUAUGCCCUCUCUUCUUCAUCCUCCUCUCCCACAACCCACCAGCUUAACAGCAACAUUUGGCAGCUGUGUAUCCAGCUCGAAGGCAUCGCCUGCUUUGCUGAAGCUCUGGGGCGUGACUUCCGUCCCCUGCUGAUGACGUCACUGUACCCUUUACUGGAGAAAGCUGGGGAGGAGACACUGCUCAUCAGCCAAACAGCACUAGACUCAAUGUGGGAUAUCAGUAACACCUGUGGAUAUAAUUCCCUGAAGGAUCUGAUCAAUGCCAACUCUGAUUACCUCCUCAGUGACAUAUCUCUGAAUCUGCAGAGGCUCAGUCAGCACCCACAGACUCCACGGGUGCUGACAGUGAUGUUGACCCAUUCUGACUGCAGCUUACUUCCUCUGGUUGGCGAUAUUAUCCAGGAUGUGCUGACGGCUCUGGAUCUUAGCUACGAUCACACAGCUGCCCUUUUUUGCUCUGUGCUUUAUGCGCUCAUGAAAGCACUAGCACAGUGGUUUAAUUCAAAAUGCUGCAAACUAUUUGCGUCUGCCGGCACCAAGCAGGCGACUGCCAGCCAGGAGAUCCUGAACAUCCGCCAGUUCCUGCUGAAUUAACCGCAAACAGAAAGAUUGGCAGAGGGAAUUGGAAUCGAGGAGGACAAUGAAGACCUCGAGGUGCCUCCUCCCACACACUGUGAAGAUCUGAAGAUCUUCUGCUCAGAUGUGAACGCUGAGCUUCCUUCACACCUGAGCAUUACUAGUGUUAUGGAGCGCUGCAUUCAUUCUGCUGUCGACCCUGACCUCAGGCUCCGGCUCAAGGUGUUGGAUGUGUUGGAGCUUUGUGUGUGUUUACUGAGCGAGAGAGAAAAUGAACUGCUGCCUAUGGUCCAUCGAUGCUGGCCUGCCCUCCUGCAGAGACUGACAGCUGAUGACCCUUUAGCUGUCCUAAGAGCCUUCAGGGUUCUGUGCACGCUGGGCGCCAGGUGUGGUGACUUCCUGAGAUGGAGGGUCUCCAAAGACGUUCUUCCAAAGCUGAGAUCCUCUCUGAUACGACAGGCUCCGAUUAGCGCCAAAGCUGGAACCGUGUACACGCACACCCUGGUCUACAAACCUCCAGCUGGCAGUACUGCAGGGCUGGGCUCACUGUGCCACAGCCUCGACCUGGGUGAGACGGACCUGGAUGCUGUUUGUGAGGCCUGCCUGCCUUACCUGAGCUGCAGACAACCAAUCAGACUGCAGGAAGCCUGUUUGAGUGUUUUCCGACACUUAAUCCAAGUGGAUCCGGACACCUUCUGGUUUACUCUGAACGAGCUGCACUGCCCGUCCUCCUACAUCCCGCCCCAUCCUGACCUUAAGCCUGUACAGCUGAGCGGGAUGGGUCGACCAAGAGAUGAGUACUCUGACAACGUCUUGAAACUACUGAGGGAGGAGUUCGGCGAGGACGCUGAAACAAACGGACAAUCAUCCAGUCAACUGACGAGGUGAUGAGUUGAUGACUGGACGUUCAGAAGAAGAGCUGAUGAACUGACCGACGGAUAAUAAUGAGUCACACAGCACAACAUGAAGAUCAUUUUAAUAAGAUAACAGGAUGCACACACGUAUGUGAGCAGGUGCUCACUUGGUCUUAGAUCCACAAAAGAGGAUACAGUGAUCUGAACGGAGCAGACAUCAAUACCUACAUCUGGUUUCAUGGAAACAGUGGUGGCUCUUCUGGAAACUGAUCAGACCAGAGGAAAUUCCGGAACAUCUUCAUGGAUACGGCUCACCGAAACAGCCCCUCAACAGUUGCCGAAGCUAAUCAUAACCUCUCCUUAAAAAAAUGUAAAUAGUUUCAUUAAGUAGCGUGCCUUAUUCAUAUCUUUGGGGUGGGGACUAAAGA